ACAACAACCCCUGCACCAACACCUACAUCAGCUACAACAACAUCUACAUCUCACUCACCAACUACUGAAUCAAUAUCUGAAUCAACAACACCAACAUCUACAGCUCAAUCAACAACACCUGCUCAAACAACCAUGCCUGAAUCAACAACAUCUACAUCUCACUCACCAAUCACUGAAUCAACAUCUGAAUCAACAACACCAACAUCUACACCUGAAUCAACAACACCUGCUCAAACAUCUACAUCUGAAUCAACAACAACCACUGAACCAACAUCUACAUCAACUACAGAAACAUCUACAGUUCCAUCAACAACAACAACCCCUGCACGAACAUCUACAUCAGCUUCAUCAACAUCUAUAUCUCACUCACCAACCCCUGAAUCAACAUCUGAAUCAACAACACCAAUAUCUGCACCUCAAUCAACAACACCUGCUCAAACAUCUACAUCUGAAUCAACAAUAAUCCCUGCACCAACAUCUACAUCAACAUCUAUAGCUUUAUCAGCAACAACCCCUGCACCAACACCUACAUCAGCUACAACAACAUCUACAUCUCACUCACCAACUUCUAAAUCAACAUCUGAAUCAACAACACCACCAUCUACACCUCAAUCAACAACACCUGCUCAAACAUCUACAUCUGAAUCAACUACAACCACUGAACCAACAUCUACAUCAACUACGGUAACAUCUGCAAACAACCCCUGCACCAACAUCUACAUCAGCUACAACAACAUCUACAUCUCACUCACCAACUUCUAA